AUGAAGGUGGAGAAGCCUGUGGCACGGCACUUGCCCGAAGAUUGGCAUCGUAACAACGCCGCUCUUCGCCAGGCCAGCCACGAUACGCGGACGACUUCCCACAAUCUGCGGAAUGAGAGUACACACUUUCGUAAUCAGACAACCAAUAAAACGUGGUGGGAUAAUGCGGACAACACCAUACGCCUUCAAGACCGAAUCUAUGAAGUCCAGAGGGUCACUGACGACCUGGAUCGUUCGCUGAGACAAACCCUGGCCGAGAUCGCGAAGCUGGAGGCCGCCAAGGAGACAGCGGAAGCCGAGCUGGAGGCAAGAGUGUCACCUCUCAACACGGCCAUGGAGUGCCUCACCCUCAGAGAGCGACGCAGGGAGGGCGACCUCGUUAAGGAUGAUAUUGAGCUGGAGCUUCACAAGGAGGUGCGGACGCUUGAGAAAUCGCGAGCCGAGCUUGAGAAGGUCGUCCUCGAUGCGGUGUCGCAGCUGAGGGUACUCCACGAAGCCAAGCAGAACCUCCAGGACGACCUCAAGGACAAGAGGGCAGCCCUGGCAGUGGACAGAGAGCAGGAGGCGCUGACCGAGCACUCGCCCGAGAUCUCCUUCAAACCCGACCCGCUUCGAGUCCCGCCAGGAACCAUUCUGCCUGCCGACUGGCUCGAACACCCAUUGAAGAACAUGGCUGCCGCUGAGAACGCCAUCAAGGAAUCGCAAAGCUUGAGGGACCGCAUGUGUGUCACCAUACAAGUAAGAGGUGACAAUAUAGUCGAAGCUUAUCCGUCGGUGAUCCUCAGACGGCGCGACGGAACGAUGAGACGCAACAGACGGCUUCGGAUUAUGCACUUCGACGCAGGCUUCACCAGGAGAGUCGAGCAAGGGAUGAGCUGCAGUGGCAAAAGGAUCGGCUCCUGGAGGAAAUUCGGGCUCAGGAGGAGGAGGUGGAGUAGGAGCGUUCCUUCGGGGAACGCUUAUACCGUGAAGCCUCGUUCAAUUAAGCAACACUGUACUGUAGACUCAACUUUGCUUUGUUCUCAGAUUUCGGCCUUGGAAGAGCAGCUUCGUGCUUCCUCGCUUCCCUUGAAGGUGGCGCAGACGAGGCUGGAGGGAAGGACGGCCCGAGUGCGGUACGACUUGGUGAGGGACGCUCCUCAGGACGGCCUGGUGGCGGAGGUCCAGCAUAUAACAGAAACCCGGACGCUCCUGAGGGAAAAACUGGCCAAAGCACUUAAGGCAAUGUUUGUGGAUUUCCAGAAUGGUCAGUGGUCAAAAACAAAUGCACCAGAUAUCAAAGGUUACACAGCAUUAUGGGAUGCCCUUCAUACCUUGCAACGACACCUCCGAACGGUGGACGUGGAUCUUGGAAGGAAAAACUUGUCAGUGAGCCUCGAGCAGAAGGUGACCGGUACAAGGGUCGUCCUCAAAGCACCUCAGCCAAAGGAGUCACUAACUCAGGCUAACCUCACUCUUACUGGUUCCCUUAGGAAACACCCUACACAAAUCUUGUAA